CACGAGACAAACAAAACGUCAAAUUUUAUAAAUUUCAAUGCGAACUGUUUUCACUACAUUGUACAAUUUGUACACAGUUGUGUAAAUCACACGGAAAAUAAAUAGUAUACAAUAACAUAUUUGAUAUAGUAAUUUUUAUAAUACUAUUAAAACUGUGAAGGCGAAUAUAAAAGUUAUGUGGGAUAAAAGAUAAGAUAUAAAUAUGGAGGUUUCAGGCCCAGGAAAAUCACCAAAUACAUCACUUUCGUUCAGAUACAAUGCAAAUAAUGAAGAGUUGGAAGAAUUGUUUCAUGCAUGUGAUGAUGAUCCCCCAACUCCUCAGCCUGACCCGCCAGUCAGGUCUGAAAGUGCUAGUCCAAAGAAAACAGAGAAAUCACCCUCCAUAAUAGAUAAAUAUUUUAAGUCCAUUAGAACAGAAAAGCUCCCAGAGAAAGUGGACGAUCUAAAACAGGAUCCCAAACCUGAAGAAAAUCGUAGCCCCAUAGCACCCAAAGAGGUCACAUCUUCCCCAAUGAAAGAAUACUUAAACCGUCUUGGUAAACGAAGUAUCUCAGAAGUUGUUCCAGAAAGUAAUGAGACUUGGAAAAUAUUUCAUGAUUUCAAAUUUAAAAUAGCCCAGGCUGUUGAGGAUAUGAAAACACGUUCAGGUGAAGAAACAAAAGAUAAAACAUUGCCAAGAGAAAAUUCAACAUCUGAUUCUGAAGAAUCUUCUGCUAUGAGAGAUGUAGACCAACAAAGCAUGGGUGAUACUGAUAACCAGGUAUCAUCGUUAGAUAGCAGUAUACAGAAUUUAUCUGAUGUGACUCAGCCGUUAACAGCCAAGCCUACUGAGUAUGAAUUAUGUAAGGAACUUAAUACAACCAAAACCCAUUCGGAAUCCAGUGAUGACACACAUAAGAAUUUAGCUCACAGCGAAUCUGAUCUAACAAAAGAAUUACAAGACAGCCUAGAAGUUGAAUCUGGCGUCGAAGCUCUAGAAGAUACGAUAGACGCUUUCGGUGACUUGAAUCAGAUAGAAACGGAUAUUCACAGUCAAAAGCGUGACUCGUCUCUCUCACAACCAAUACCUACAUCUCCACCAUCGAACUUCGGCCUCCCACCAAGCAAGAGUAACUUACACAAAGAGGAACCGACGAAGAAACAGAAAGCCUACUUCUUAAAAUUUUCAAUGUACCUCCUGACAAUAUUCCUCUUGAUUAACUAUAUACUGUUCCCGAAUUGUCAAAUAUGGAAUGGUUUUUUGCUCGGUAUCUGGUUCUUCUGUCUCGCGAGCAACUUGAAGGAGUGGCUGUUGGAUAAUUACUGCAGCGAUGAGCCCCGAAGAGGUUUCUUUCAAUUGAAUCGUACAAGUUCGGUGCCUUUCACGUACACAAUACCGUCUGUUAAAGAACAUAGGCCGAUCAAAAAAUAUGAGGGUUGGAUGAAUCACUACCGGUAUCCAGACUAUGACCCCUACACCUACCACAUAAAUAAGACAACUACCGCCUUCAUGAAACUCGAAGGAUGCAAUUUGCGCAUAUCAUAUACAAAAACGAAAAUUGCAAAGCGCGCGCUAUGGGACGAGAAGAUCGAGAAGGUCACAUUCUACCAACACCGACUGUACAACCUAACCGGCGCCAAAGUCAUACUGCUCCCCAAGGGACUCGUUAAGAGACGGCAAUGGAGCAAAAAAUAUCCGAUUUGCAUAAUUUUGAACGAAAAAGAGAAGAUUCAAGUGCUGGAGAAAGAAAAUACCCAGGCGGAGAGGAAGAUGUCCGAGUCAUUGGAGAAAAAGAAUAAGGAAUUACCGCUCGAGACGGAGAGCACGGAAACGAAUACUAGUCCAGAGAAAAAGAGGAAAUUUAUAUGGAGAAGGAAAGAAAAGAGCAUUCCACACAAUGAAGGAGAAACCGGGAAAGAAGGUCUGCGACACAGAUUAGUUAGGAAAAUGCAUAGAGAUAAGAAAAUAGACAGCACGUCGACGUGCACGGAACCAGAAAACCAAGGACAAUCCGAUAAAAAUACUCAACCGGAAGACUCAGUCGAGACUGAAAUAGAAUUCACCACAAAGUCUGUCACCAGCACCAAAGACGAUGACGAAUAUUUAGAUGAAAAUGAGCUGUCACGCAUUAAGGAAUUUUUAGAAGAAACCGAAAUCGAGACAGGAGUGGAGGGUGCGGCGGAGGGGGAGUGGAGCGUGCACGUGAAGCAGUCCAAGGACAAGCACUCGCACCUGUAUCUGUUCGCACGCACGGGGCGAGAUAAACACGAAUGGUACCGUCGUUUCAUGAUAGCGAUCUCAGAAGCGAACGCGUCGGUAGACAACUCCGGCUCCGAAGAAAAGUCUACGAGCGACAACGCACAAGAGACGAAGGACGGAAUAGAGCUCGCCGUGUAUAAAUUGUCAGAGAAGGACACUGUCGCGUUUGCUAAGAGUAAAACAAAUGAUUCCGUGACGGAGGGCGUCACGAUAUCUCCGUCGCACCCCGCGCCCUCCAUCUUUGAAUCCUACGAGAAAACCUUCUGGCCGUAUUUGCAGAAAAUUAUACAGACGCAUGAAGUUCCAACGAAACAAAAAGCGGAUAUAGGCGUUAUGUGCCAGUUAGAGCCGACUCCUCAUGAGCGCUCCAAGCACAAGAAGAAGAAAAAAGGCGAUACACAGAGCUCGUCCCCGGACUGCGAGUGCCGCUCGCUGCCGGCCGAGCUGACGUGGAUGAACACGCUGCUGGCGCGCCUCAUGUACGACGUGACGCGCGACCCGAACACCGCCGCGCGGCUGCAGAACCGCAUCCAGCGGAAACUCAACACGCUCAAGCUGCCGUCGUUCAUGUCGCCGCUGGUGGUGACGGAGCUGCGGCUGGCGGGCGCGUGUCCGCUGCUGUGCGGCGUGGGCGCGCCCACGUGCGACGCGCGCGGCGUGUGGCUGCACGCGCACAUGCGCUACGACGGCGGCGCCACCAUCACCAUCCUCACGCAGAUCAACCUCAUGAAGCUCAAGGAGAAGAAUAUCACGUUGGAGGAUCAGUUACUCGGUACGAGUGAGAACAUAAUCGAGAGUGAGGUCAAUUUCGACUCGCAGAUGGGAUGCGUUUCUCCGGAGCUGAAGAGAAAAAAGCCAGCAAUUUACGAUUCCGAAGUAGAAGACUCUGCGGAGUCCAGUAGCGACGACGAGAGCCCGCCCGUGCAGCCCGUCGACAGCGCUGAGAACAUGAUCGUCUCGGAGUCCACGACAUCAACGAACGAAGGUGGCUCUUCAAAGAAGAAGUUCCUUCGAAUGGUGGACAAGAUAGCCACGAAUAAAUACUUUCAACAGGUAACGGACUAUAAGUACGUAAAACGUGCAAUGGAGGGUUUGUCUAAUACGGACAUUAAACUACAAUUAGAAGUCAACGGCUUAGAAGGAAGGCUCGCUAUCAACCUGCCGCCACCCCCUCACGACAGGCUGUGGAUCGGAUUUUCAACGAACCCCCAAUUGGUCCUGAAGGCGCGGCCGGCGGUGGGGGCCCGCACGCUCCGCUUCGCGCACAUCUCCAACUGGAUCGAGCAGAAACUCACCAAGGAGUUCGAGAAGGUCCUCGUGCUGCCCAACAUGGAGGAUAUCAUCAUCGACGUGCUCACGCCGACGCCCGUGGAGUUUGAGUAGCGGUGAGAGUGCGUUUCGUACGACAGAAUCUUCGAAAGUAAAACAGGUAACAAAGCGGCGCUCCGGAGGUUCGACUCGAUUCCAUGGUCGUAUAUUAAAAUUCGUAUUCGCUAAUAAAAUUACUCAAGGGGAAUCGAAAUGUAUGAAUUGUAAGAAAGAGACAAAUGUAUUGUUGCACAUUAGCUUUCUUACUCUUUGUAUUACUUGUGCCCGUUGUUAGACCGAGCUCAUUCUGCUAAACUAUACGUAAUAUAUAUAUCUCUUUUAAGCGUUUUCUAUGUGACCCUGAGCUAUGUAAAUUGAUAUUUUUCCCAAUAAAUAUUUCGUUAUUGUUUUUAUACUGUGGUUCAAAUGCUAAUAAUAUUUAUCCAGUAUAGAAACAGCCUAACGUCUUGUUACUAUGCAAAUUAAAGUAGCUCUAGGUGCUAAUUAAAAUUGAAGGGAAUUGACCAGUAUUAUAAAUGGCAAUUGUGACUAAUUAGAUCGAGACAAUUCGGUGUUAAUGUUCUAAACACCUCAAAGAUAAUUGAACUCACCGCAUACCUCAUCUAUCCUUAUGAGUAUAAUUUACACAAAAUAUAUUGUAGAGUGUUUGUUACGUGAAACUUAUCAAAGUAGAAAUUAUAUGUAACCUGAAUGAUUUUUUUUAUUAUUAUUUAAAUAAUAUAUUUGGUUUGAUUAUACAAUUUUUAUGUCGAUAAAUUGUAAUGUAAUAAUUCAUAGUCGUUCGUGCGAAUUAAUAUAGGUUUGUGUACAAGAUAAUAUAGUCUUUGUAUUUGGCAUUUACUUGUAAAGUUACUACUGUCGUUUAAUAGUUGUUUUUUAUAAUUAUUAUUAAAAAAAAGUAUGAAUUAAAAAUCUGUAGUUAGAUGUAUAAAAUAUUAAAAACCAAAUAAAUAAUCCUUCGAAAGGAACGAGUUCAAAUAAUUAAAAUCAUCAAGCAUUUAUAAUAUUUAUUAUGACUUCGAAGCUCAAAAGACUUUUAUGAAAAACAUUGAAAGACAUUGUAAAUAUGUGUAAAAUAUGAAUUUGUAUUGAAUAAAAUGUUCAAAUAUGGUCUAAAAUUUAUAAAAUCGUUCUCUACUAAAAUUAUUUACAAAUAUAUAGUGAAAGAAUUAUAGAAAUACUUAGUAUCAUAGCGAAAACCUAGAAUUAAUUUAUAUUAAUUAUUUCAAAUAGUAUUGUAUCAUAUGUUUUGCUUAUAUAAUUGUUAAGCAUUUUUUUUAAUUACAUUUAGCUAUUUUUAUUAAGGGUUAGUUAAUUUGUGUGCUUUGCAAUGACACACAUAGAAAAGCUAUUAUUUUCCUCAGUAAUGGAAAUAUUCAAUUUUCGAAUAGUCUAAAAGUGACAAAUACUAGAGUAAGACGGUAUACUUUGGCUCUUUAAUAUUCUUUGUAGUUAUUAUAUACUUCCUGCGACUAUUUUAUUCAAAUUUUAUUAAUAAAGUUUUAAUAUACACAUAUAAAUGUAUCCGAGCUUCCUAAAAAUAAAAGGUUUGACAAUAAAUCCAAAUUAAAUACAUACGUAAAGUAAAUCUUGUAGUAUAUUCCAAAUUUAAAAAAAAAAUGUUUAUUUUUUUUAUAUUUUGACGUCUCUAUUUCAUAAUCCAUGAAAUCGGUGAGCUAACAGCCAAAUUAAUGUUUCCUUUUGUACUUCACUGCCAACUAUUAAGCUGAUAAAUGGAAAUUAAAUCUUAACUAGUUGAAAUUAAUUCCAAAUUAGCUUACAUAACCAUACCAUGUAACAGGAACCUUAUUGUAACAUUAAUAAACUUCCAUAUUAUAAACGCGAUAGCUGAUUCCAAUGGCAGGAGAAGUCAAAAUAAACAAAACUUAUAUUUUUAUUUGAUUUGCUAAAAGCUUAUAUUUCGUGCACUACAAAAACUUCUUGAUUAAAAUACAAAUAUGUAUCCGAAAAUCUAUAUCUAUCUUUACUCCUAAAUUUCAAAUAAUAUUUAAAACGCAAUUUUAUUCACGAAGCAAGUUCGAGGUUAAAGUUUAUUUGCAAUUUGAAUCGGCCGUAAUAGGUGAAUUGGUUUCAUGAGCAACCAAUACCAGCUAUAAUAUACAACAGACCCAUAUUAUUUAUCUUUUAGACCACUAGUAGGGCACGUAGGGAUUCUAAAACCAACUCGGUGUUUGUCUAUUAAAAUCUUUCUGAUAGAUUUUUUUAAACUGCCUUUUUUCUAUUAUAAUAUUUGUCUAUGGACUGUUACCACUCUGCUCCUAUCUAGCAUAGACAAUUAUUUAAAGUUGUUGUUGUUGUAUAGCAGAUGAUAUUUGUAUGUAUAAAGCGGUUUUGUAUAGUCUUGGCAAUAUAUAUGUAUGUAUGUGUGUAGGAUGUACUUUAUAAUUAUAUCUGUAUUCAAUGAUCGUAAAUUUCCUCUACAUAACAAAAUUAUAGUUAACAUUUAAAUGUCAAAUGAAAAUAAUAGCACGUGUUACAACAUAUUUGUAUGUUUUAGUUAUAUAUGUCAAUCAUAAACUCAUAUACAACUAAUUUAAAAUUAUCAUAAUCUUGAAAUUUGAUAGCUGUUUUUAAUUAUUGCUUAGCAUUAUUGAUGACGAAAUUCGUAUUGGUAUCUAAAUUUAAUCCAAAUGAAAAAUUUAAAGGCUGAAAGAUUUUGCUCAUGGCUUCUUAUCAAUUUGUUUAUAAAUUAAGAAUGUGACAACAUUAACACGAUUUAAUGAAUAAAAGCGCUUAGUCGCUGUGCUACGUGCCUAAACUUAUAUAAUUUGAAAAUAUGUGUAAUAAUAAAAAGCAAAUUUUAUUUGUCAAAUUAAAGUAUUAUCUUUGGGACUGUGCUUGCUAAACUAUUAUUUUUUUAUCUGUUAUAUUUAAAUUCGGAAGUGUAUUUACUUUUUUUUAUUCAUAUUUACAAAGAAGAUUUUAAUGUUUGCUAACAAUUUUAUUUAUAACAUUUAAAAACAAAAUAUAUAUAUUUUUUCAAAAAAAGUCUAUAACUUUUUUAUCUUGUAAAGUAUUGCAUAUGUAUUCUACAUAUCACAAAGAAAUUAAAUUGAAUGUACCUGUUUGAAAUAAAUCUAUUUUGGUAUGUGCAAUGUUACUUAAUUUGUGACUAAUUAUAAUAAUUAUUAUUUAUAUAUAAUUAUAUUAUGAUUUUGUGAUAAUGUAAUUUCGCAUUGCGUUUGUAAAAUACACAGCCUAUUCUUGAUUUCUCAUUCACGUUAUUUCAUGUACGUGGCUGUUAUUAAUAUAUGUACAUGUUUUAAAAUAUGCAACAAUAGAAGUCGAGAUUUUUGGAAAGUAGCAAAAUACCUAAUUUAAUGCUUUUGUGAUUUUUUUCUAGUUACGUGUGACAUAUUUAAAUGUACAAUCUAUUUAUUGUAUAAUAUCGUUUCUUUUAUAUAUGCAGUCCUGUGAAAGGAAAAUCCACGGACGAUCUUUGUUUUAUGAAUUUUGAUGUAUAAAUAUAUUUGAAUAGGUUAUGUUUUUAUUUCCUUGAUUUAAUUGGAAACAAUAUACACUGUGUUAUAGUAUCUUACGGGUACGCAUAAGAAGUAUUGAUUAUGUAUUUAAGUUUUGUUUAUAAUAAUUAUUAUUUCAACCUUAAAACGUUUUGAAAAAUUAAUUUCGGUUAGUAAGUUUAUCUCAUCAUGGUACAUGCAAAAUAUAUGGCAUCUUUUAAACUUUGUCUCGCAAAGGUAAUGUUAUAAUUUUUUAAGUUUCACCUCAGUUUCACUUCUAUAUAUUGUUGAAAAUAUAACAGAUAAAAAUAACAGUACUCUGAACAUACUAGAAUGAUCUAAAAUACGAUAUGACAUAUAUAAAUGUGUGUACUUACUAGAAGAUUACAAUUCGUAAAAAAUUGCAUAAUGUUAUCUAAUUUUUAAAAUAUUAAUUUUCUACGAAAUUUAAGAAAUUUGUAACAUUUUCUCUAAUAGGUAUGAUUACAGUUAAACUUACUUUCAUAAUGUUUUUACCAAAAACGUCUACUAUAUUUCUCUAUGUAUAUAGUUUAUCAAAUUAUAAAGUGUUUAUGUGAUAUUAUAUAUAGUUAAGAGUUAAACCGUGCCGAGUAGUUUUUCUAUGUGGUAUCAGUUGUGAUUUUGUCAAUAAAUAAAUUGCUAUAUUUAAA